AUGGCGGAGCCGAGUGGCGGCGGCGGUGGCGGCGGCCCCGGGCCUGGCGGGGACGGCCAGGCAGGGCCCGGCGGGGGGCUCAUCCGCGUUACCGUGAAGACCCCCAAGGACAAAGAGGAGAUCGUCAUCGCGGACGGCGCCUCCGUGCGCGAGUUCAAAGAAGAGAUUUCUAGACGGUUUAAAGCCAAACAAGAUCAGCUGGUUCUGAUCUUUGCUGGGAAGAUCCUGAAGGAUGGAGACACGUUGAAUCAACAUGGGAUCAAAGAUGGGCUCACUGUUCACUUGGUCAUUAAGACUCUGCAGAAGGUCCAAGAUUCAACAUCUGCUGCUUCUGCCCCCAAUGCUGCUUCUGCCCCCACUGCAACCCCUUCUUCUCCUGCUGCCCCAUCUCAGCCCUCUACAUCUAGCAGUGCUGGUCCGGACGCGGGGAGUGGCAGCAGACGGAGCAGCGGGUCAGGGACCGUGGGAGGUCCUGGAGAUGGAGGCCCCAGCAGUGCUGCGUCUAUCCUGUCUGGCUUCGGUGGCAUCACUGGGCUGGGCAACCUUGGGAUGGGCUCUGCCAACUUCAUGGAGCUCCAGCAGCAGAUGCAGCGGCAGCUGAUGUCCAACCCAGAGAUGCUUUCCCAGAUCAUGGAGAAUCCCUUGGUGCAGAACAUGAUGUCUAACCCUGACCUCAUGAGGCAGAUGAUCAUGGCCAAUCCCCAGAUGCAGCAGCUCAUGGAGCGAAAUCCGGAGAUAAGCCACAUGCUCAAUAACCCAGAGCUCAUGAGGCAGACAAUGGAAUUGGCUCGUAACCCUGCCAUGAUGCAGGAGAUGAUGCGGAACCAGGACCGUGCUUUGAGUAACCUCGAGAGCAUUCCAGGAGGAUACAAUGCCCUGCGCCGGAUGUACACGGACAUCCAGGAGCCCAUGUUCAGUGCGGCCAGGGAGCAGUUUGGCAACAAUCCUUUCUCUUCCUUGACGGGGAAUUCUGACAGCUCGAGCUCUCAGCCUUUGCGGACAGAGAACAGAGAGCCGUUGCCAAACCCCUGGAGCCCCACACCCCCUGCUUCCCAGAGUCAGGCACCCAGCAGUGAAGGGAGCACGGGCUCGGCAACCACCCAGGGCACCCCGACUGUAUCCAACCCCUUCGGGCUGAAUGCUGCCAGCAUCGGCGCUGGCAUGUUCAACAGCCCAGAGAUGCAAGGACUCCUGCAGCAGAUUUCUGAAAACCCUCAGUUAAUGCAGAAUAUGAUCUCUGCCCCCUACAUGCGGAGCAUGAUGCAAACUCUUGCCCAGAACCCGGACUUCGCAGCACAGAUCAUGGUAAAUGUCCCCCUCUUUGCUGGGAAUCCACAGCUUCAAGAACAGCUCCGCCUUCAGCUCCCUGUCUUCUUGCAGCAGAUGCAGAACCCGGACUCCCUGUCCAUCCUCACCAACCCCCGUGCCAUGCAGGCCCUGCUCCAGAUCCAGCAGGGACUCCAGACGCUGCAGACAGAGGCCCCCGGACUAGUGCCAAGCCUCGGCUCCUUCGGCAUGCCCCGGAUGCCCCCGUCCUCCACAGGAGGAAGCACAAUCCCGGAGAACCCUGUUCCCUCCGCUUCGACGCCGGCCAGUGCCUCUCCAGCUGGGGGUGGUAACCCUCAACAGCAGCUCAUGCAGCAGAUGAUCCAGCUGCUGGCCGGAGGAAGCUCUCAAGCGCAGAGUCCUGAAGUGCGAUUCCAACAGCAGCUGGAGCAGCUGAAUGCCAUGGGCUUCAUCAACCGUGAGGCCAAUCUCCAGGCGCUCAUUGCCACCGGUGGGGACAUCAACGCAGCUAUUGAGAGACUGCUGGGCUCCCAGCCUUCCUAAACUCUGUCCUGCUGCCCCACAGACGUCAGCACAUGCAUCCAUACACAUGCACAGGGGAUCUUUCCGGAAAGCCCGCCAUCAUUUUCAUGUCUGACAGCUGUCCAUGUAUUUAAAACAAAAAGAUACAGCUUAACCCCUGACCUUCCUACUAAGUUAAGAUUUCAUGUUGAAAUGCUCUUUAACUGGCUUGUAUGUGGAUUCCAGUUCUCAUCGUGGCCACAGAGACUUCAGAUGUGUAUUUUUUCCUAAAUAUGCCCUGUCUCAGACACUCUUUUCUCUCUCUCUCUAGAUGGUAGAGGCGAUACUUCUAGUUACUUACCUGAAUGAUUGUGUUUUGAGUAGCUUGAUUUUAACUGUACAUGAUUCCUUCCCCUAGCCCUCCUUUCAGGCAAAUAUUUAAAAUAUUGAGCCAAGUUUGGGGAUUGGUUAUUUCUCUCAGCAUCUUAUUGGGAAUGGAUCAAAAGAAAAAUUGAAAUUA